CAAUGAAAUGGUAAACUACCAAUGACUGGAAUACUAUCGUCAUCCCCGACGGUCCUACGUCACCUUUGGGUCAGCAACCGUGACGUGGCUUUCACCGAGCACGCUGAUCGCCAUAAGUGUCGCAAUUUCUUGCAAUCGAUCAACCGCUUUCGUUACGGGAUUAAAAAUAACUUGUAGAUGAAGAUGCAAAGAGGACUCGCGAAUUCGUUGACGAACGGAAUUUCUGCGGAGGUAGCCCAGAUCGAGAUCACGAUACUUUCCAUCUCGAAUCACGCAGUCAGCAUUUAACGAACGUUCCACGUAAAUAAUGUAACGGCGAGAACAUAGCCUGGGAAACGGUGCCCGAUACCAGGCGAACUCCGCGUUCCAUCGAAAAUUCCGUUCGUUCGGUUCUCAGAGCGCACACAGGUAAGUGUUCGCGUUUGUGGCUGUCGGUGCACGUGCGCGAGAGCGCCCUCCGGGGUGAAGGGGGAAGGUUAUCGAUGGCGCCUCGCAGAGAAGGAGAGUAAAGAGAGAAAGGAGAAGAGAGGGCGCAAACGAAGAAGAAGGAGGUGGAAAGGAGAUAGUUCAGGCACGUCGCACACAGGUAAAACCGUAGGUAUAGCUAGCGAUGGGACUAACACCGUUUCGAUGAUUUCUCACUUCGAGCUUUGACACUUAUCAUGGAUAAUUAGCGGUAGAUAGCUUUUUUUAACAGUUCUUCUACCUUUAGAUGAUCAAACUUCAAAAUGCUCCCGCACGAGUAUUGAUGAGAUGGCUACUAACGCAGACCAGAUCCACUUCAGGAACUUUAUAUGCAGAUAUAAAAAAGCAGCAUAUUAGAAAAAAGCAAAGCAUCCAAAUUAUCACUCGCUCUCGACACUCUUUGUCGCGCGGUAGACUUGAUGUGAGCUCGUGAGCUAUAGGUAACAGCGAAUCUGACGGCAACUUAAUCGCCAAUUUGGUUACCACUUUGGUAUCCAAUUGCUUGGUACCAUUGUUACGUAUCACGUUAGUCCCAUUGCUAGGUGCAGCCGAUACGUUUGUGUUGCGCGGGAGCGAGAUAGUGUGGACCGCGUGCCGGAAUACGCCGGCAGUCAAUGGUGGGGAGAAAACGUGAAUGAUCCAUAGAAGUUCGUAAGGUUGUGUGGUCCAGGCGAGGAGCGUGUGUCGGCCCGUACAGAGCAGUGUACCGACGAAGGAGAACUGAACAGUGUGGAACGGUGGGAAACGUCAAAGGAAUGGCGGGGAUACGCGGCAACCAGAGAAGUGGGGUGCGGGUUGGCGGUCGGUGGUUCGGAAAUGGCCGCGGGAAAGUAGAGAGCGUUACGUCGUCCGGGGCAGGCGAGCCAAAGAUUUUCGGUGUGCGCGGUGUGCCCUCGUUAACCCGGCGCUUCGGGCGAUUUUCACCAAGGCACUCGAACGCACUGGCGAUGUUCUAAAGGGUACGUUAACACGGCCACGAGGAUUCCUCCGUAGGUGUGCGAGCAUCUCGUCGACGAGAGUCGGUGGCCAGACAGCCGGUGCCUGGAAGAGAUCAGUGCGGGCGGUUGUACACGAGGAUGGCCGGCGACGACGGUGCACCACCGAACAAUGAGAUCCUCGACGCGGUCGGAGAGGGGCAGGGUGCGUCAGUGCGGGGGGAACCACAUUCCAGAGUGGGCGGCAUCCUGGAAUGCGAUCCCCCCGGUAACAGGAAUUCGCCGAGCGAGCGAGCCUGCAACGACCACGACGACUGCGACGACGGAAGCGGUGAAACUGUGAUCGCCGACGACGAUUGUAACAACAGCGCCGUAGCCGUUGGAACCGUGAUUGGCGACGAUAACGGCGGUCUGUGCCGAUAUGCUAUCGGCACCGCCAAUACCGCUAUGUCUUUCAUCGAAGUUUGCCAGAUUCGUCUGCAACAUCUCUUCCCGCAAUUAGUUUCAUCCUCUCAGCGCUACAGCCUUUGCGAGGACUCCAUUGAAUUCACGGCGGAAUGUUUGGCGAACGAUGUGAUACGAUAUCUGUUGAAAGAAGAUAUUUAUCUUAUAUCGCGGGACCCGGUCUCUAGGAGUAUGAGACACAAUGUGUAUCAGAUGCUAAACAAACACAGUAUCCUAUUUGCGAGUAUGGUGAACCGUUUGAACGUCGUACCGGACACGGCGUACGAAGCGUUCAUGGGAGUCGCGGAUGAGCUCUUUUUACACGGUGGAGUUACAUGGGCAAGAAUCGUUUGUUUGUACGCAUUUAUGGGCAGACUCGCUCUCUGGGCACGGGACAGACGAAUGCACGCUCUGAAGAAGAAAUUACCGCUGUACGUCUCCAGAUUUAUUGGCGAAAAAGUUGCGCAUUUUAUCAAAGGAUACGGAGGAUGGGAUCAGCUGUGUAUAGAAUAUCCCGUGGCAGAAGAGAUUAGCGGAGCGAUCUGGAGGAGUCUUCUGAUGACUGGUGCCACACUUGGCUUGGUUGCAACAAUUUUAACUGUAACCUCCUGAUACACACUCACAGAUCAAGUCGCACAGGGUACGUUUUACGCGAGACCUUUUAGCGUACUUAUAUUCUACCAAAAUGCGCUUAAAAACAAUUUCCAAGAGUUUGUACGACGCUUUUCCAUUAACAUCGAAAAUGGAAUCGUGUGAUUCGAAAGUGAAUCUUUCGUAUGCAUUCCUAAUGAAUGCGCGAUGUGUAAAUUCAGCGUCGGCCAUGCAGUAUGUACAAUCAUCGUACUAAUAUCACACGAAUUACAAACAUCGUACUUUUUUUUUAUGAUAAUUGCAAGAAAUAUUUAAACGAGCGAAGGAUAACGAUGAAAGUUCCCUAUUAUAUUCGUAUUGUGUAAUAAUCGCAGCUCGUUGGACUAGUUGAAUUAGUAAAAGAAAAUCUUAUUUAACGUUAAUCUAGAUAUUUUAUCAAAAUAAUUUUCAUACGAUACUCAAAAUUUGACGUUUCAGAUAUUUAUGUCGAACAAGAAUCUCAAAAUUAUAUUGAAUUUAGGUAGAAGCAAUCUAAGUAUAUUUAUUUAUAAUUUAUUUUAGGUAGAAAAUAUAUUAAAUAAUAAAUUUCCUUGUCGUUCGAAGACCAUCGUGGACGCUUAGAAUUUAUAAAAAGCGAUCCAUGUGACAGUGCUCGUUAAAUAUAUGGUAAACAUCUUUAAACAACAUUGAAUAUUAUAUGCGGUAGCUUCUAAUAACAUUGCAAAAAAUUUAUAUAAGUAUUCGGAGAUAAUAAACGUUUCUACAAAAUAUCAAUUUUCUUAGUGGUAUCAAUUAUUUUAUAUACCUGUAACAAAAAAAAAUUCAUUUUUACGAAAUGUGUUGGAUCAACCCCAUUGUUUUUGGAUACAAUAAAAAAUAUCACUCUAAUAUAUUUGAAAAUAGUAGGGAAUGAUAAUAAAUGAAUGGAGAACAAAGGUCAUUGACAUUUUCGUAAACAAGUAUUCUUAAUCGCACUAGGUUAUACGUAACAUAACCCCUAAAGAACGUAAAAAGGAAAAAUAAUUUAGGAAGCAGAAUUUUAUUGCUACCGAACAAAUGAAUCUCGAAAAGGUAUCUUCUUAAAAGAUAUAUAAUAUUUUAGUACUAGAAUUAUUAAAAAUAUAUUUUGCAGAUGUUGAUAUAGUUUUAUUUAAAGUAGUAUACUUAUUCAAACAUAAAUACAGUCUACGUACUACUCAAAAUAUAUUGAUUUAUCGAUGCUAGAAUGCAAGUAUUGAAAAACCAAAAAAUGUCUAAACUACACGAUUAUUAGUGAGAGUACUACUAUAUGACUUGCAUUAUUUUAGUCUUUGAACAAACGAAAUAAUAUUAAUAAAGUACCAGCGUGCAGCACUGAUCUUUUGAUUGCAUAAUUAAAUACAUCCUUUUACGUAGCUUUUGUGUACAUAUUGCCGAUAAUUGAAAAUCAUUGGAUACAAAAAACGUUCGAUCUAAGAACGCCUUCUCGAGUACUAUUGUCAUUUUUUUAAAUGUCAAUUUCUUGGUGUUAUUGAAAGAUUCUAGUACUGUUUAUUUUGUUAAUAAACGUACACGAUUUUAAAGGCAAAUAAUUAUUACACGGAUUACAUGUAAGUUUUUUAAGCUUUUCUGAAUAUUUUUUACAUUUGUUGAAUAUAAAAAAAGGUGAUUCCCUGAUUAUUAUUUAUAAUUUUAUGCAUUACAUGAAUAUACAAUACAAAACCACGAAACUAGAGAAUAAUUUCAUGUGAAUAUAUCUAACAGUCUUCUUACUUCUACUCGAAUUUUGUGACUGUACAGAAAACAACUGCAUUUUACUUUUUUAUUCCCUAACGUGGAUAAUAGUAAGAAUCAACAACUUUUUUUU